UUGAUUUUCGUUUGGGCAGGCCGGGCAAAAGUAAUUCAGUUGUAACUGAAAAAAUAACAAUAUUUAAUACCUCCAUUUAAUACCCCUAGUCCUCUGUAAGAAAAACAAAAAGUAUGCCAUUCCCAAUUACCACACGCUGGUUGGCCAUCAGCAUAUUGGCCACAUGGAAUAUUUUGGGGGGCUUUGGGUUCUACGCCUAUGUUCUGGACUCCUAUGGUUCGUCACACGAAAUGGAACGGAAGAGGAACCUCUUGAUAAGUAUUAUGAAUAUUUUGCUUUAGUAAAUUAUCCAGAAAAUCACGAGCGACGAAAGUUCCAAUAUCACUUCUAUAAGGGGCACAUUAACGACGAAGUUGUGAUUGGAGUGUCAGUGGUAAUGCUCUCUCAGAUAAUAUCAACUGUGAUUCUGGGUUAUGCACUUAAGGAGUCAAGGAAAAUGAGUCUACUCUAUGGUAUACUUUUUUGUGCUCCCUUUACCUUUGCCAGUCUGCCUAUAUGGCCAAUUGCUAUCGUCCAUACUGCUCUGGCUCUGGGGGCUCUGAGUUUCGUUUUUAGCUGAAUAAAUGGAAAAAUUAUAUGUUUUCUAUAAGAAAUAAACGUUCUGUAAUGCCUAAAAGAUU